AUGAAACAUCUUCAAGUUCUAUCAAUACUAUGGUUUAUAAUAACAAUAGUUUCAUCAAUGACUAUAUCACCACAUGGUGGUUAUCUAUUUAUUGAUGAAGGAACAGAUUUUUAUAUUGAAUGUAUUGGUUAUAAUCCAAAAUGGAUUAUAGCUAAACGAUUAACAUCUGAUACAGCACGAAUUUCAACACAAUUAAUUCAACAUAAUCGUAAAUCUAUUUUAACUAUUCAAGCAAUGGAUACAUCACUUGCUGGUCCAUAUUUAUGUCAAACAAAUCAAUCUGUUUCAACAAUUAUUCUUCAAUUAACAAAACGUAAAUUAGAUAUGAUAAAACAAAUUCGUUUUAUGGGUACAAAUACAAAUCAAACAGUUGUAUAUGGUAAUGAUGCUCGAUUGAAUUGUUUUGCUCAAUAUUAUAGUGAAAAAGCAAUGGAUUCACCUUAUUUACCGAAAAUUCUUUGGUUUUUUGAACGAAGACAAUUGUAUAAUAAUGAAGAUAAAUAUAUUCUUGGUAUAGAUAGUUUAAUUAUUCGAAAUUUUAAUUAUAAUGAUCAAGGUGUUUAUUAUUGUCGAGCUUUUAUAACAUUAAAAACUAAAUUUUUAAGUAAAAUUUAUCCUAUUCUUGUACAAUUACAAAAUUCAACAUCUUUUAUUAAUGAAACAUCAUUAUCAUCAAUUGAAAAUAAACAUUGUGAUGAUUUUAGUGAAACUAUUAUAACAAAUAAUACUAUAUCAUACUGUAAUAUAGAUGGUUAUAUAUCAAAUUUUACAUGUCCAAUGAAUCAAAUUUGGAAUGAAGAUUAUUCACAAUGUUCAUCAUCAAUUGAUCAUAAUCAUGUCUUACAAAUUAUUCCUAAUCUUUCUCAUAUAAAUGUUGAAUUGGGUCGUACAUAUACAUUUGUUUGUCGAUCAACAAAUGAUCGAUUUGAACCCAUAUGGACAUAUGAAAAUGGUACUAUUAUUAGUCCAACUAUAUCUUCUGAACAACAAAUAACAUCAUAUAUAUUAAGUGAUACUCAUUCACUCUAUCUUCGAUUAUCACCUGUUGUACCGGGUACAUAUAUUUGUCGUUCUCGUUUGGCAGACAUACAAAUGACAAAAGAGGAAGUAACAAUAACAACAACAUCAAUUACUUUAAUAGCACAAAUGAUUGUUGAAACAAAUGGAAUAUCCUUUCAAUCAUCAGCAUUAGCUGAAUAUCAUGUACGAAUUAAUGCAACAUUAUUUAUUGCUUGUCGUCCUGAAUAUUUUAAUUUUCAAUUAAAAACAAAUUCAUCUUAUUUACCUUUAGCUAAUCUUAUACGUAUCAAUGAUAAUAAUCAUUACCUAUUAACGGAAAUAAUUGAUGGUUUACUUAUUGAUCGAAUAUCAAAAAAUGAAAGUGGAAUGUAUUUAUGUAUGGGAAAAAUUCCAUUACCUGAACAAUUGAUUAUAUCAUAUUAUCCUAUUAUGUACGGUGAUGGAAAUCAUAAUCUUUAUUCAUCUCGAUGGUCAGUUACCGAACUUAAAGAUCGUCAAACAAAUAUAUCUGUAUUUGCACGUAUAUAUGAAGAAUAUACAGAUGCUGAACAUUUUUUUGAUUUUGUUAGAAAAACAGCAUCAAUUCUCUUUCAAACAAAAGCUGCUUCAUUUAUUUUUGCAUCUUCUCUUGUUUUACCAGUAAUUAUGAUCAGUGUUGGUAUUUCAAAUUUAGAAGAAUGUCCAUUAGAUCGUAAUAUUCCUGUUUUUGUACUUGUUGGUGGAGCUUUAGCUUUAUUAAAAUUAUUACAAGUUCUUUGGAAACAAUAUUAUCGUCAUAGUAGUCCAUCUGAAGAAGAAACAAAUGAUACUCAAAAUGGAUCGACAUUUAUGGAUGUUCUUACAACAUUAUUUCUUAUUAUUUGGUUUAUUUAUGGUAAUCAUUUAUUAUGGCGUUAUCGUUUACCACGUUUUGAACAAACAACUGAAGAUCCUGAAAAUUGGUGUUCAAAAAAUGUUUAUUUUUUAGCAAUAAUUAGUGUCGCUUAUACAUAUGCAUUUGUUACAAUAAUGAUUUUAAUUGUUCUUAUUGUUGUCUUAACUGUUCAUCUUCAAAAUCGUCGUCGUGCUAUCCAAGAAGCUAAAGAAGCUGGAUGUACGUGA